UAGUUUCUUGCCAGCUUUCGUUACGAUCCGUCGUGAGUUUAGCGGUUUUUUUUUUUUGGGAAUUCCUCCGUCAUUUGAAUUAUGGACUUUAGAGAAUUUUUAACAAGAUCGAAAAUUUGAAAGAAAGAAAUAAAACCUAUAAUAUAUUUAUAUAUAUUUGAUAUUACUUAUAAACGUAAAUUAUAGUAAACACCUAAAAAUGGGUCAAAUCAAAAGUGAGAAGGUCGAUCCUUUGCUACGCAUUCAAGAAGAAAUCAAAGAAGUUGUGCGUCGAGAGGAGGAACAUCGUCAACUUAUAACGGGCAGCUCACCAAUGUCACCAGGGGAAUACAAUGACGAUGAUAAUGACGCAGCGAAAACCCAAAUUCAUGACAAUGACAGCUCUAAUAGUCUUUCAAUCAGUCCAAUACCACAGACUUUAUUGACAAACUGCGAUGUUUCCUUGAACGCGCAAUCCUUGGCACAUAGCGAGAACAGUAUUAACAGUAAAGAGAGUAUCGACGAGGACUCGGGCAUAUCAGCUUCACCAAGUCCAAUAAAUGGCGUUUCAGCUGCGACAACUUACAUAGCACCCACCAAACCAAACAAGGAACAACGUUAUAUCGGACCCAAUUGCUAUACAAAUACACCCGAGCCACCACGUCAGACAAUGAUCGCGAGCACGGUACCCAUUACACCGUCUGUGAUUAAUAGACAACGUCUUUUUGCCUUCAAUCCCGCCAAUAAAGGUGUUAUGCAACGUUUUAUAGCAUCACGGGGUAAAAUACAACUGAACAACAACAAUGGGACAACAAACAAGAUGUUCUUGAAUACCAAAGCAGCUGUUGCUUUACUAAACGCCGAUGCAACCAGAGGUCCCAUGACAAGCAACACGCCUACGCCUACGGUGUCUUUAACAAGUCCUUUGCAUAAAAUGUUGACACCUGAAAUGCACACACCUCCUAUUGCCAUACAAAAUGUCACAAUGACACCACCACACAUCGAACGCGAUGCCGAAGGUAGAGUUAUCCGACGUGGUUAUGUACCGGCGGAGGUUAAGAUUCAGAAGGAAAUCAAGGAUUUGCAGGCACGUGAACAUGAGCUGAAGAAGCGUAACAAAUUCCGACAAUCUACAUCCGAUCUACUGGAGGCCAUGGAAAAUGGCAGUAAUGAAGACACAGAUGACGAGGACUCUGAGGUGGAGCACUGCCUUGGUCCCAGACAACUACGUUCGGCGAAAUCCAUUAGUGAAAUAUCCUACUCGGCGCAGUUAAAUAAUAAUAGCAGCUCACCCAGAGCAACACCUAGUCCAGAUUUUGAGAUUAGAAAGAAUGGUUUUGGCACAAUGCGUCCUGCCAUGUCCUUGGCACAACUUUGUGAUUUGCCGCCUGAAGAGGCGCCAUCAUCGCAUCGCCUCAUAGUUGAAUGGGAAAAUCGUAUCCAAAUGAAUGCGGCGCGCAAUGGGAAUGCGGCAGUGGCGAACGAAGAAUAAAAUAAAUUUAGAAAAAAAUAAGGAAAAAAAUUAACGGAAAACGAAACGAAUGCUAUUGCACCAAAUUUGUAUGCAAAAAAAAAAAUUAUAUA